AUGAGUUGCCAACCUUUUACUUCGGCUGAUACCUUUAUACCUCUGAAUUCUGAGUCUUCUGCAACUCUGCCUCUGAUAAUGCAUCACAGCGCUGCCGAGUGCCUACCAGUCUCCAACCAUGCCACCAACGUGAUGUCCACAGUCCCGUCUAUUUUGUCUUUGAUCCAAACUCCUAAAUGUUUGUGCACAUAUUUCUUGGUGACAACAUUGGGAAACACAGCAACAGGACUUCAUUAUUCUGUUCCUUCCUGUCAUUAUGGAAACCAGUCAUCGACCUAUGGAGUGAUGGCAGGGAGCUUAGCCCCUUGUCUUUAUAAGUUUCCCGACCACACCUUGAGUCAUGGCUUUCCUCCCAUGCACCAGCCUCUCCUGGCAGAGGACCUCACAGCCGCUGAUUUCAAGCAGGAGCUCAGGCGGAAAAGCAAGUUGGCUGAAGAGCCAAUAGACAUGGAUUCUCCGGAAAUCCGAGAACUUGAAAAGUUUGCCAAUGAAUUUAAAGUGAGAAGAAUUAAGCUAGGAUACACCCAAACAAAUGUUGGGGAAGCCCUGGCAGCUGUGCAUGGCUCUGAAUUCAGUCAAACAACUAUCUGCCGAUUUGAAAACCUGCAGCUCAGCUUCAAAAAUGCAUGCAAACUAAAAGCAAUAUUAUCCAAAUGGCUGGAGGAAGCCGAGCAAGUAGGAGCUUUAUACAAUGAGAAAGUGGGUGCAAAUGAAAGAAAAAGGAAACGGAGAACAACUAUCAGUAUUGCUGCUAAAGACUCUCUGGAGAGACAUUUUGGAGAACAGAAUAAACCUUCCUCUCAAGAGAUCUUGCGGAUGGCUGAAGAACUGAACCUGGAGAAAGAAGUAGUGAGGGUUUGGUUUUGCAACCGAAGGCAGAGAGAAAAACGGGUGAAAACAAGUCUGAAUCAGAGUUUAUUUACUAUUUCUAAGGAGCAUCUUGAAUGCAGAUAA